UUUUAGUUCUCCAUGGGAUCUCGAGUUUACGUGGGACGAUUGUCUUAUCGAGCGCACGAACGUGAUAUUGAACGGUUCUUCCGGGGUUAUGGUCGCAUUACGGAGAUUCUACUCAAGAACGGUUACGCUUUCGUGGAAUUCUCUGAUCGUCGAGAUGCAGAAGAUGCGGUCCAUGAUUUGAAUGGUCGUUCGUUACUCGGCGACAGGGUAAUAGUGCAGAAUGCUAAAAGUCGUCCACGUGGACGGGACAUGUAUCGAGAACGGAUGCGUGAGCGUUCACGUUCACGAGAUCGAAGACGCAGUCGGAGCCGUGAUCGGAAACGAAGUCACAGUCGUGAUCGAAAAAAGAGAAGACAUUCGUCAACUGAAAGCGAAUCUCCCGAAGAUAAUCGCCGCCGCUCAUCAUCGAGAUCGCAGAGUCCAAGUCCAAAGAAAAGCUCUAAGAAGUCGGGUUCUGAUAGAAAGCGAAAGCGUGAUAGAAGUUCAUCAAGUCGAUCACCCAGUCCAGAUACGAAAAAAUAUAAGGACAAACGUAAGGAGCGGAAAUAUCGGAGCAGUUCAGAAAAGGAAGGGAGUGCGGAUCGUGGUGGAAUAAAUACGUGCAGCAUCAUCGUUCGCGGUUUCGACAACAAAGGCAAAUUUGAAAAGCGUUUAAAGCAUAUUGCCAAGAAAUAUGGUGAUUUAACAGAUUUCGAAAUGCGCGAUGACAAUACCUGUGUAAUUGGGUACAGCUCUCGUGAAAGCGCAACAAAAGCACUUGAGAAAAUGAGUGGCAAAGAAGUGGAUGGACAAACUGUGCAGGUUGCUGCUGUCGAAGAAAAGCAGACCGUAGCGGGGAGCAAGAAUUCAGAAGCCACGAAAGAAGCAGAACGAAGCCCGUCUGAAGAGAGAAGCCGGUCGCGUACUAAUUCGGGCUCAUCAGCCGCAUCGGGUGAUGAAGAGAAGAAAAAUGGCAGUGUUGACGGUAAUGAGCGCUCAGGAGUAGCGACGGUUGGGGCUGAUAGCCAUAAAAAAGCAAAGAAUGGCGAUGAACAUAUUGGAAGCGCAGUUACCGCGAAUAACACAAGAAAUAAUCGCAAGCGUACAUCUGGUGCAAACGAAGACAACGAAAAGAAUGGUGACGAUUCAGAGACAAGCAAUGACGAUGUUACGCCGGAACUGAAGAAGAAGAAGAGUGAUACAGAGGAGACUGAAACGACAGAAGUCGACUCUACUGCAACAGUUGGUGCUGAAUGAGCUGUUUAUUAUAUUCGUUUGGUUGGUCGGUUUAAAAAACAAAGGAAGAAAAUGGAGCAAAGUCUUUUUACUGUAAUCUCUUUUGUUGUUGCACACACCUCAAAUGCUAUUCUUUUUAUUCAGUGAAUUUUCUAAAUUCCGUUUGCAACCUGUCAGCAGUUGGUUUAAUUUAUUCGAUCCAAUGUCUUGGCUGAAAACAAUGUUUAACAGUAUCUUUUCACCUUCAAUGAAAUUCCUAUACAACGAUGUUUUUUUGCUUUAAAUUUCAAUUUUUCAAACUUAGUUCUUACUGUUCCACAAUCUAAUAAUCCACAUUCAUUGUUUACUCAUGAAAUUCCUAUACCUAUUCAAUUAACUUUUGCUCGGACGUGACUUUUUUAUUGACACAUCGUCUUUAAUAUUCAAAAAAGUGCGUGGUUUAUCCUGUAGUUCUUAAGUUCAUGGUGUAAUGUUCAUUUUACUUCUUUUAUUUUAAUGUUGUCCUUAUGUACUUGUUAUAGUAGGAAGCCAAGUCAUUGUUGUUGCUGUUUUUUAUAAUUGAUUUGGAAGUUUAUUUUCAGUUGUGGAUUUUCUUACCAUUAUGUAGGAUAAGUUGCAGUUGAUUAAUUUUCCCUUUCCAGAAUCUGAAGAACAGAUUACUGGUAAUGCACGAAUCAGUUAUGCUUUUUUUUCAACUGUAUUUGUCAGUUUUUUAGACUCGGAAUUUAAAAGUUUGGAAUUUAAAUCAUGUUGUUUUGCAUAUCGUCAUAAAUAAAUAAAUGUCCACCGUCGUGUUCAUUUGUGUACUGUUAGU